AUGCCAGUGGACGACGAGUACCGUAAGCAAAUCCAGGGAAAAGUGCAAGACCUACUUUCCGAGCGCCACGAGAAGCCUACGUUAAGACUUGUUAUCGAAGCUGUGGUUGAGGGAGUGAGGUUGUAUCGAAGUUAUCAGGAGAAGAAAGCGACGGAAGAGAAGGAUAAGGGGAAGGCUCUUGGCUUUGGAGAUCAUUUCAUGAAUACCUACAAACACAUCAAAGCCGAGCAUGAAGCCGGUCUCCGAACUAAGGGUAUGUUUGAGAAAGCACUAGAUGAAAUGCGGAAGAAGAAAACAGACGCAAAUGUUAGCAGUGGCAAACAAAAGAGUAGUCGAACGAAAGAGAGGGAGAAGAUCCGAAAAAGUGAGCCAGAAAGAGUCAGAUGGGCUGAGCGAUAUCCUGGAAAGACGAGUGGCGACGAGUGGAAACCGAGUGUUGCUGAGACUAAGGCAUGGGAGCAUCAUCGUCGUGAAGAAGAGGAGCAUCGAAGGAGCAAGCCGAAUAAAGGAAGACGAAGAGAAGAUACUGACCAGAGGAAGGACGGGAGCUCACCGUUUCUAGGGAUACGUUUGCAGCCUCCUACAUCUAUCGGAACUCCUCGUCGUCAGCCGCCUCCUGUUGCUCGCGAGUUAUUGCAUUCUACUCCUCCGAACCAUCCACAUCCAUCUGCUCCAGAACCGCCUAACUGGCAGCAUACGCCUCUCCAACCGCCUUCACCCAUCCAUGGUGGGGAAAUUUACGAGCGUGAGGCUUCACUAUCGCGAGAGCCCAGUGCUCGAGGUGCGGACGAUCGGUCUGAAGUUGGAGUAGCAGCGAGCUACUACGAACAAGCUCCACGUUCACCAAUGCCAGGAAGUUAUGAAGAUAUCGAGAAGGCAGAACAUAGAGGAUACGAUGAAGCGCCAUACACGAACAUACCUCCUUCUCCCAUCAUACCCACAUACCCAGAUACGCCUCCUUCUCUAGUCGAAUCAGAAGGUCCUUCAGGCUCGUCAUCACCAAUCAUGUCGCAUGCGUCACGAGCUGCAUCACCUCCGCCUCGAUUCACGCCCGCAUUCUUGCGAAUUAUUCCGAUGCCGGCUCUCCAGCAAUCGGCACUUCCUAUCCCCCCUCCUCCUCUGCCAGGACCAGCAUCGCCUCCGCCCAGACCUCCUCCAGCCCCUCCGCUAUCUGCAGCGAGGCUGCCAAACAAUACUGGGAUGGCCGGUUUGCUUGUUGAUAUCCAGGGCGGGCUCAAAUUGUGCAAAGUAGCAGAUUCAGACAAGAGAGACAACAGUAAUAGCCCGAGAGCCGGCAGGGUAGUGUACGAGGAGACGGCACACAGUCAUGAUGUGGAAGAACAUGAGCGAGCUCAGGCCAGGGGAGCAAAUAACCAAUCGCCAUUUCGCGGAAACAGUGCAUGGAGCACCGUCAUUUCUGUAAACGAAGAAGACGAUGUACAACCAGAAUCUAACAAGGCAUUCCAAGAUCAGUUGGCAAAAGCACUUCAGGCGAGGGCAUCGGGUUCAGGUACUGGCACUCCUGUAACACAGCCUCGAAGGGGUUCUGGCGAUAGCUCACUAACAGCGAGCUAUAGGACGUCGAUGAUUGCCAAUGUGUCUUGGAAAUUGCAGGGCGAGAAGACUCCCCCUCAGCAGUUUUCCAAAUCAGAGAGUGGCGAGGAUCUAAUCUUUACUUUGGCGGCACAUAUUGCGCAACCGGGUUGGAGUGUUCGGUGGGCUGGAUAG